GUAAGAGUUAACGUUUUAAAGAGGAGGAUGCUUAAGGAACAAGCCCAUCCCUUCUGCAGUGUAUUGUGGGAGUUGAAUGUUUUAAACGCUAGGACAUAGAGAUCUGUGUCUUCAUGCCAUGAUGAUAGAAGCACUGGGAGUGGGGUUGCUACUUCUGAUAUUAUGUAUCACUCUCCUGGUUACCUUGGUGAUCUGGGGAAAACGUCACAGCUCAGGAAUACUGCCCCCUGGACCUACCCCACUGCCCCUACUGGGGAAUGCCCUGCAGCUGGAUUUUAAAUGUCUAAUCAAGGAGUUCAAAAAGAUCAGCUCAAGAUAUGGUCCAGUGAGUAUGGUGUAUUUAGGACCAAAGCCAGUUGUGAUUUUGAAUGGGUAUGAAGCUGUGCGAGAGGCAUUUGUGGAGAAUUGGGAUGUUUUUGGUGAUCGAGGGAUACUUGCACUUGGUGAAGAGAUUUUUAAAGGGCACGGUGUGCUCUUUAGUAAUGGAGAACGAUGGAAGCAGAUUCGGCGGUUCUCUCUCAGCACUCUUAGGAACUUUGGAAUGGGAAAGAGAAGUCUGGAGGAACAAGUGCUGGAGGAGGCUCGAUGUCUUGGGGAGGAGUUCCAAAAGAACAAAGAUGUGCCAUUUGACCCUGCUUACCUCCUGAAUCUAGCUGUCUCCAAUGUCAUCUGCUCUAUUGUCUUUGGGGAACGUUUUGACUAUGAUGAUGAUAAUUUCCUGUCCUUGUUGGCCUUAUUAAGGGAGUCCUUCCAGAUUCUGACCUCGCCAUGGGGUCAGGCCUAUGGAGUGUUCCCCAGUUUGUUCAAACACCUCCCAGGUUCCCACAAUAAGCUUUUCAGAAACUUUAAAAAGUUACGGGAGUUUGUGAUGGAGAAGGUAAAAGCCCACGAAGAGAGCUUUGAUGUCAAUUGCCCAAGAGAUUACAUAGACUGUUUUCUCAUUAAGAUGAGUGAGGAAAAGGACAACCCCAAUACAGAAUUUAACUACGAAAAUCUGUUUGCGACCCUUAUACACCUGUUCUUUGGAGGAACAGAGACGUCAGCCACAACAAUAAAAUACGGCAUCCUCAUUCUUCUCCGAUUUCCUCAUAUUGCAAAAAGGGUCCAAGAAGAGAUUGACCAUGUGGUUGGACAAAGCCGAUGUCCAUCAAUGGAGGACCGGAACAAAAUGCCAUAUACAGAUGCUGUGAUCCAUGAGAUUCAGAGGUUUGCAGAUAUCGUUCCCUUGGGACUCCCACGUUCUACAACCAAGGAUAUCAUUCUGAGAGGCUACCUUAUUCCUAAGGGCACCAGUGUGUUCCCUAUGCUGACCACUGCCCUGAAGGACCCAAAAUUCUUCAAGAACCCAGAGGAGUUUGACCCAAACCAUUUCUUUGAUGACAGUGGAAGUAUUAAAAAAAAUGAUGCGUUCAUCCCAUUCUCUAUAGGUAAACGUGUUUGCCUUGGAGAGAGUCUUGCACGAAUGGAGAUUUUUCUUUUCAUCACCUCCAUCUUGCAAAAGUUUAACCUUCAAUCCCAGUUGUCUACAGAAGAGAUCGACAUUUCUCCACUUCGAACUAGUGCUGCCAAUUUUCCUCGAACAUACACUUUCUUCGUGGUUCAACGUUAAUCAAACUCCUACAAAGUGAUCAAGCCGUCAAAGCUAAUGCCCUUACAUAAAACUGCAUCUCAACAAUGGUCUAAUAUUUUAUGUUAAGUUUAUUAUUUUACAUAAAGUCAUUUACACUAGUAAUAUGUAUUUAUGUAAAAGUUAUUAAAUGGAUAUAGUAUGUUUUAUUGUUGGAAUAAAAAAAAAGCACAAAGCAGUGAGUUAUACAUAAUAAAAAUCUUGAUUAAAUAAA